AUGCCGGCUUCUCAGAGGCUAGAACGACGUUACGAUAUAACGGAGAAGCAGUGGUCCUCUCUGCAGGAAGACUGCGUCAAAGCUCAAGGUACAAACGCUGUGCAAGCCUGUCGAAGUGAAGGCAGAGGUGAUUGCGAAGGCAAUGACGUUCGCCGAAAGGCUGUUACGGAAUGCAUGGUGGACAAGUCUAAACCUAAAGUGACAGAGCAAUCUCGACAUGAUGAAUGUAAACCCUUGGCUAUUCAACGCGUUGAAGACUGUGUCAAAAAUAAUACCGAAAUCGAGGGACAGUGCCAGCGGAAGGCGGUGGAGUCCUACCUUACAUGCACUUACACUGGACCCGGGAAACCCUCGACUGAGCAGGACAGAGAGUACACCCAAAUCUGGGCAGACAAGUGCUCAAAGAGAACUCAAGAGGCCGACGAAGAAUGCAAAAAAAAACAAGACUUUGGCGGGAAAUGCCAACGUCAACGCCGUGAAGAUGAUAUGAAAUGCUUGCUCGACAAUAAGAAGGGCCACUCCGACAACGACUUUAUUCACAACGUAUGCGUUGCCGCGGCCGAAUUCGGCGCAAACGACUGUUUCAUCACCAACAAUACGCGCAGGAUGACCCUGCCUCAAUGCCAGAGGGAACAGUGGGACGCCUAUCCUGCGUGCGUUAAGAAACAGGAGGCGUGGAUCUCGGGGACUAAACCCGAGGAAGAUAUUGCGCCUAAACCCGAGGAAGACGAGUGCACCGCUGAGGAAGACCCUACGCCUAAACCCGAGGAAGACGAGUGCACCGAGGAGGAAAAUACGAAGACUGAGCCCGAGGAAGACGAGUGCACCGAGGAGGAAAAUACGAAGACUGAGCCCGAGGAAAAUAAGAAGGCUAAACUCGAGGAAGACGAGUGCGCCUCGGAGGAAAACACAGGGAUUAAGGCCGAGGAAGACAAAAAGACUAUGCUCAAGGAAGAUACUGCGACUAAGCAAGACGCGGUGACUGAACCUAAGGAAGUUACUAUGGCUAAGCCUAAGGGAGACGGGGUGACUAAACUCGAGGAAGAUACUGCGACUAAGCAAGACGCGGUGACUGGAUCUAAGCAAGACGCGGUGACUGGAUCUAAGCAAGACACUGCGACUAAGCAAGACGCGGUGACUGGAUCUAAGCAAGACACUGCGACUAAGCAAGACGCGGUGACUGAAUCUAAGGAAGUCGAGCGCACCUCGUCGGCUUUCAAGCGUUGGUUUAGUCUAUGGGCAUGA